CGCAGCGGCACUUGCGUGGUGUUAGCCUGUAGCUCAGCGUGCAUGCUAAACAUCCCUCUAACUUUGCCAACUUCCAUGUAACAUCUUUACAAUCUCCUACACUAACAUCGAUUGGACACAAGAAUCUCCGCCAUCAUGAGUAUACUCGCCAAAAUAGCAGAGAUUGAAAAUGAGAUGGCCAGGACGCAGAGGAACAAGGCCACAGCUCACCACUUGGGUCUGCUCAAAGCACGUCUUGCCAAACUCAGGAGGGAACUCAUCACACCAAAGGGAGGCAGUGGUGGCGGACCAGGAGAAGGUUUUGAUGUAGCAAAAACUGGCGAUGCUCGUGUUGGUUUCGUUGGUUUUCCUUCGGUGGGAAAGUCGACACUGCUAAGUAACCUUGCAGGUGUUUACUCUGAGGUUGCCGCCUAUGAGUUCACCACUCUUACAACUGUACCUGGAGUCAUUCGUUACAAAGGUGCAAAAAUUCAGCUCCUCGAUCUCCCAGGAAUCAUUGAGGGUGCCAAGGAUGGCAAAGGCAGAGGCAGACAGGUUAUCGCAGUGGCUCGAACCUGCAACUUAAUCCUGAUAGUGCUCGAUGUGUUGAAGCCUCUUCUUCAUAAGAAGCUAAUAGAACACGAGCUGGAGGGCUUCGGCAUCAGGCUUAACAAGCAACCUCCCAACAUUGGCUACAAGAGGAAGGACAAAGGAGGCAUCAACUUCACAGCUACAUGUGCACAAAGUGAGCUGGAUGGUGAUACGGUGAAGUCUAUCCUGGCAGAGUACAAGAUCCACAACGCCGACAUCACUCUGCGCAGCGACUCCACAGCUGAUGACCUCAUUGAUUGCGUGGAGGGAAAUCGGGUCUACAUCCCAUGCAUUUACGUGCUCAACAAAAUUGACCAGAUCUCCAUCGAAGAGCUUGACGUCAUCUACAAGGUGCCCCACUGUGUACCCAUCUCUGCCCACCACCGCUGGAACUUUGAUGACCUUCUGGAGAAAAUAUGGGACUACCUACAGCUUGUGCGCAUCUACACCAAACCCAAAGGCCAGCUUCCUGAUUACACAUCUCCCGUCGUACUCCCUACUGAUCGAACUUCAGUCGAGGAUUUCUGCGUAAAGAUUCACAAAAACCUCCUCAAAGAAUUGAAGUAUGCGCUUGUGUGGGGAGCAUCUGUGAAACACAACCCUCAAAAGGUGGGCAAAGACCACGUGAUGGAGGAUGAAGAUGUUAUUCAGCUGGUGAAGAAGUAAAAAUGAGGCUUGAGUCACUGCAUGGCCUGAUCAUCAAAGUGUCCUGUACAGCUGCUCACGAAAUAAACCAAACGUAUUCAUAAGAGCAUCUGUGUUAAUGUGGAUCCCAGUUUCUUUUUGCUCUAAUUUAAAAUUACAUGAACGUAAGUGUCACAUCUAAAAGAACCCAACACCAUGAAUAGUUCAUAUUGAAUAUUGGUUCAAGCUUGCAUUAAAAAAAAAAAAUGUCUUCAAUAAAAACAUAAAGGAA